CGCAAUUUCAGCAAAAAAACGCCGCCAGGAUGGCCAUUUACCCGUAACGCAGCAUAAUUCACAAGCAGCAACAACGCCAUACGUGCGCUGCGACGGAUGAGCUCGAGCGACGACGACGAGGCGCCGCGCGGCCUCGGCCUGGGCUAUGGCGUCAAGCGCGGCCGUAGGGACCGCGACGAAGCAGCGUUAGGCGUAUUCGGCGACGGCGACGAGCCGCACCAAAGACGCGGCCUCGGCGCCAAGAAAAAAAGCAGCAGCGGCCCGGUGAUGUUCGUGUCCGCCGGCAAGGAGGAGGCCAAACCACCAGCCCCUGCGCCAGCGCCGACCAUGUCGAACGACGACUUCCGCGCGCACAUGGCGCCGCCGCCACCGCCAAAGGUACAAAAGCCGAAGCCCCCGCCGACGACCGCGACAAGGCCCGAGUGGGCGCGGCACACGAAGGGCGUCGGUUUUGAAUUGAUGAAGAAGAUGGGCUUCACGGGACGCUUAGGUAAGGACGAGACCGGCGUUUCGAGACAUGUGGAAGUGACCAAAAGACCAGACGGCGUCGGGCUCGGUUUUGCGGCGAAAGUCGGGUUCGUCGAGGAGGCGAAGUUGCCCCAGAACAUCGCUCUCCAGAAGGAGCUCGGCCAGAAGGUCGCCGAAGAUGUACCUGUUGAAGAUACAGCUUCCUCGGCGCGGCGGACGAAGCGGAGACGGUUAUAUAGGGAUGCUGCAGCCAUGAAGGACGCCGUCGCCGGGCUAGAAAGGGCGGCGCGCGAGAACAGGAAAGCGGCGCAACUACAACAGCAGCGGCGCGUCGACACGGCCGUUGAAAACGCGUUGGCGGUGCCGGCGGAAUUGAGGCUGGCGAGCCGCUUCCGCGAAGAUCUCGCGGCGCGACUCAAUGGCGAGGAAAGCGCCUUGCGGGACGCGCAGCGUAGGCUAGAUGCGGAAAGGUCAAGAAAGGGUGGUUUAGAUUUUGACCUGAGGCACGACCUGGACCAGUGCGAGCGACUGCAGCGACGGUCGCAGCGGCUGCAGAGCUGCGACGAGGCCCUCGCGAAGGUCGAGGAAGCUGUUCAAAGACGAGAUUCUGCCGAAGUGCGCAAGGCGCUGCAGAGCGUCAAGAAACGAUUUCCGGAAGAGUGGAUCUUGGGGGGCGUGGCGGAGAGCACGCCUUCGGUCGUACGGGAGGCCGUCCUGGCGUCGCUCGAGGACUGGGACCCGUUCCUCGACGCGACGCGUUUACAAUCAGUCACCGACGCCUGGGGGCCCUCUUCACUCUUCAAGAGUGAGGACGACCGCGACGCGUGUGCCAAAAAAUGGCGCUCCCUCAUAGAGCAGGCGGCGGGGCCGCGGACGCGGUCUGCGCUCAGGGAGUGGCGGCCCGGCGUCAAUGCCGCAAAUGACGCGGCCGCCUGCGUUUUAGUAAACGGUUUGCGGUCAAACGCCCCGGACGCGUUCCUCGCGUCCGUGAUCGCGCCGCGCAUCGUCACGGCUUUAGAAACUCUAGCGAGAACUGCAGUGCGCGGCCAGCGGUGCGAUGCGCGCUGGGCCGGUCCCUGGCCCGAUUUGCUCGAUGAGGAGGGUCGCGACGCCGUCCGGCGCGCGGCGCGCGUCUUGCUCAGGGCCCAGCUCAAGGGGGCGUUGCUUACGGAUGAUAGAGCUCUGUUGAAGGCCUUCGCGCAGCACGCCGCGGCGUGGAAGGCGAGUCUUGGUAGUGAGUGGAAGCCGUUUAUCACGCAAGACGUGCUCAAGACGUUGGUGGACGCCGCCAAGACCCUAGAAAUAUGUGACGACGAAGACUAUCAGCGGUGGCAGGUCGUCGACGCGUCGCGGGUCGUUGCUUCCAUCGGCGUGCGGGGCGACGACGUCGCGGCGGUGGUCAAGGGCGCGCUCGGCCCGCGCUUCGUGACGACGCUGCGCGCCUCCCUGAUCGCGGAGGCCUGGGCCGAGGCCGGGUGUUUGUACUGCGCGUGGCGCGACCGGCUGCUGAGCGAUGAUGGUUUACCGUCGCUACCAGAAGCCGCAUCAAAUGCAGCGGUUGAGGUAUUAACGUGCGGCCUCGACCUGAUCUCGCUCAGUUUGGACGACCCGGCGAUGCUCGCGCGAGCACCGCUGCCGCCCCUCGCUUCAUUAACUUUCGAGGCGGCGCGGCAGAAAACGACCGUGGUCGAACAACCGGCGCCCCCUCAACAACGCAAGGCCUGGCGGCCCGCGCUCGACGCGUCGGGCUUCGCGGUCUUCGCCGACGUCGUCCAGCGCUUCGCGGCGGAGAACGACGUGCUCUACGCGCCGAAGCCGAACCGGACGCACGACGGCAAGCAGCUCUACGCGUUCGGGCGGGCGACGAUCUACCUGGACCGCAACGUGACGUUCGUGAAGCGGGGGGACGGCUACGUGCCCGUGGCGUUGGAGGAUUUGUUGGCCCAGGACGCUUGAUGAUGUUUUGUAACAUGUGUUUCAGUUA